CGCGGUGUGUAUCUAUUAUUGGGUUUGAAUGGGGAAGGCCCUUCUAUUCAUUCUAUUUCUGUGGUUCAGACAGAUUGGUGGUUGGUAUACAAUGUAUGAUUAGCAUAGAUAUAUACAUUUCCGAAUCGAAGGAUUGCUUCGCCAAAAUGUUUUUUAUACGUUUGCUUGAACGUUUACCGACUGACCUGGAAUCAGUCGUAUUGUAAAAAUGAGGCAUUUUAAGAAUCCAAGCUAGAUGGCUAGCUUUGCUAGCGUAACGUUAGCCAAUUUGCUAGCUAACCGUUAGCGGACUAAUCGUGUAAACGUUAGUUAUUUUGGUUUUCUAGCUAACGUUACAUUUUACUGAUGGGAUACCGUUAGCUGGCAAGGUGUCCUGUAGUUUGUCCCUCUGACUUCCUAAACCUAUCUAACGUUCGUUUACCAGCCUCCGCCUUAUUUCCUUAACUAUCGUUUCGUUUACUGGAUUUGACGUAACAUUAGCUGGCACUGGCUAGUAGCUGCAAGAUAUGGCCACUGCCUCUAGCUCCUGUGUGGGGAGAAAUGUGUCUAGAAAUGGACCCUCUGUCUCGACCCCGACCUCGGGAGCACCUGGACAAUCACAGCCUAUGGUCGUUGUAUGGGAAUGGCAGGAUGAUCUUGGCGUCUGGCUACCGUACAGCGGCCAGGUGAGCGGCUACAUAGAACAAUGUUUAUCAUCUCCGCGGGGACACAGGAGUGGGGGUCCUGGCUCCACCAGUAUCUGGCUCGGACAAUCAGAUCCCAGUUUGUCGCCUUAUCUUAUAGACAUACCAAGCUUGAAGCAGUUCCGCCAAGAUACAGGGAAAACGCGGUCUGUACGCCGUCAAUUGUUUGCCCAGUCCUCAGGCUUGGGUAGCGGAGUAUAUUGGGAGUGGGUGAAUGACGAAGGAGGAUGGACUCCAUACGAGACUCGCACUUCUAUCCUACUAGAACACAGCUACCAGGCACGGCAGGCCACGGCGGACAUUGUCUCACACGGCUAUAACUACAUAGUGGACCUCACGGCGCUGGCCCAGGUCAACAAGGCCACGGGCUACCGGCGACAGGUACGACGGCAGGGUAACCUCCCCUACCCACUGGCAUCUGGUGCAUCCGUCAUACACUCGGGCCCGGCCUGCUCCUGCCAGCAGUGUCUGAGCCACAGCAGCACUGGCCCCAUGUCCAGCCGCUCGCGCCAUUCCUUCUCGUCGGGGCAGCUGAGCCGGCCUAGCCUCCAGGUCCCUAGCAGGGCGACUGGAGCUCAUCCCACCUCAGUGUACUCACCCUACCCCAGGAGGCCACUUUCUGUGGGGGGAAUGGCGUGGGGAAGCCCCUGGCCACUGGCACCCUCCGCUAGUCAACUCCCUGGAGCUCAACUGGCCUUGUCCACCAGUGCCAAUGGCUUAAGUAUCCCCGCCAUCCCUGUGCAACUGAAUGGAUCCACCAGUGUGAGCUCAGCCCUGGCAGGCAUAGCCUCCAUUUUGAUGUCAGCAGUGGGACUCGGCGUGCGCUUCAUGACUGCCUCCUCCUCCGCUCCUCCUCCCCCCAUCAGCAGCAGCAGGCCCGCGGGCUCCAAAAGUCGCAGCUCGGUUAGGAGGGAAAAGAGGCAGCACAGGACAGUCCCCGCCCAGAAACCAGAGGAUGUCAUUCACCGCUACAUGGAGGAAGUUGCCUCUGCUCAAGACGAGGACUGCAUCAUCUGUAUGGACCGGCUGUCUUGUCCAUCGGAUUAUGACGUGGCGUCUGAGGGAGCCCAGCCCAUCCAGCCUGGCGCCGUGGGCAAGUUCAAGUGUGGACACACCCUCCACAUGCUCUGCAUGCUGGCCAUGUACAACAAUGGUACCAAGUCCCCAGCGGGCUCGGGAAAGGCCACGGAUGGCAGCCUCCAGUGCCCCUCAUGCAAGACAAUCUAUGGGGAGAAGACUGGGACCCAGCCCAAGGGGAAGAUGGAGAUCUAUAGAGUCUCCCAGUCCCUCCCUGGCCACCCUGACUGUGGAACUAUCCAGAUCAUUUACAGCAUCACCCAUGGGAUACAGGGUCCAGAGCACCCUAAUCCCGGGCAGUCGUACACCUCUAGAGGCUUCCCUCGCUUCUGCUUCCUCCCAGACAACAAAAAGGGCAGAAAGGUGCUGGAGCUGCUGAAGGUGGCAUGGACACGGCGCCUCAUUUUUACGGUGGGAACGUCCAGCACCACGGGCGAGCCUGAUACGGUGGUGUGGAACGAGAUCCACCACAAGACGGAGAUGAUGUCCAACGUGUCGGGUCAUGGCUACCCGGAUCCCAACUACCUGGACAACGUGCUGUCCGAGCUGGCCUCCCAGGGGGUGAGCGAUGACUGCCUCCUCAGACAGGAGGACCCCAGCCAGGGAGGAGCGUCAAACUCUAGACUGUGAAAACUGGUUAUGGCUAUGGAGCAUCCGACUGUGAAACUGACCGUGAAUCACUUUCCUCGUAAUGUCGCAACUUCAACAUAGAGAACAUAAGGGAUAAACCAAGUAUUCACAUUCCCACCUGGAUGUGUUUUUAUUAAGUAUUCAAUGCAAAGCGUAUGUCUGAGUGCAUUGUGCCGAAUACUACACAUACUGAUAAUGUGGGGUUUGACUUGGACUUUAUUAGCUGCAGUAGUGCUCCAUUAGCUCUUGGUUUAGUCACCUAGGCUGUUUCUCAAACGGCACCCUGUAUACAUCCCUAUAUUUGUAGUGCUAUAUAUAUAUGUACACACACACAGUGGGGGGGGGUAUUUAGGCAGCCACCAAUUCAAGUUCUCCCACUUAAAAAGAUCUCCCACGUAUUUUCCACCAUAAUUUGCAAAUAAAUUCAUUAAAAAUCCUACAAUGUGAUUUUCGGGGAUUUUUUUCUUAUUUUGUCUGUCAUAGUUGAAGUG